CGCGACCCGGUAGUUCGUCGCCUUUGUUCUCGUAAUGAGCGGGGAAACUGUUCAGUCGACCUUUUUGUGCUUGCUAGCAGUGCUAUUAGUGGUACCUGCCGUCCCUCAGCUUUAAGUGGACUCGGACCUUUCUCUCCACAGAGGACAUUUGAGCCACGACGUCCUGAAGCAGAGCAACUAGUCUGUUUAUCGAGUUAUCUCAUGCUAACGAGUAGCGCUAGCUGGGUUCUGACAACUAACACAGCUAGCAGCUAACAGCGGCGAAGGACGGGCUGGCCAAAGAAUAAGCUAACUGCUGGCUAACACUGAGCUGAAGCUUUCGUCAACUUUCCCAGCUCCUCUGUGCUAAGGUGUCGCUGAAACACUGAAAGCAGCCUCGCAGGUUGUCAGCUGAAACCCAACAUGUAGACUGUUCUUCUGGACUUUAAUGGCGGAGUCUCGUUAAGAGCAGAGCCUGUAAGUAAUGUAGGGUGGGGGCGAGUGUAACCUUUUGUCUGCUGAACUGCUCGAACACACCCACAGGUGCGGCGAUGACCCGAGGACGUCACGUUGCCCACGCCUGAGGCCUCCUGAACAAGUAUUUCAACUUCAUAACUGCACCGACGCGCAUGCUUUUCUCUGAGGCUCGGGAAGCCGACAGGACGUGAGAACUUUAACCGAGCUCUACGCGAGCAGACAUGACAGCUGUGGUGGGCAAAGCGUGGGGGUGGGUCCGCUCGUGGGGCAGCAGCGGUGCCAGGUCAAAGGACACUAACGUUUUGACAGCUGAGCGCCAGAAGCUGCGUGGCAGUGGUGGUUGGGGCAUCACGGCUUGGAUCUGGGGCUCAUGGGGACGUCAGCAUGAACUAGGCAGUCCAGUAGAGGAGUACUGGGAGGCGCAGGAGAAGCUUCAGCCCAUUAAAACUGAAGCUCUGGCGGCAGGGAAGCCAGAGGCUGAGACUGUGCUGGUUCCCAGGUGGUGGGAUAGAUAUCUUCCUACUUCUUAUCUGUGGCCAAGGAAAACUGAGCUAAGUGGACUACGACACCGGAAACGUGACGGUGGGACUGGAGAUCCACGGGAGCGUGAUACUGAUGGAGACUUUUCUGAUUAUGGGACCCCCCCUCCGUCCCCCACCCCUUCUCCGUCUCAGCUGACUUCCCCUUUUCGACUGUUUGCACACAGCUGGAACGUGGAGAUCGUUCCAGAGCACUACGAGAUCUGCUUUAACUUCCUACGCCACUUGUUCGACCUGUUUGUUGUUGGCUUCCUGUGGACUGUGUCACCUCCCGCCAAGCUCAUCCUGGAGGUGCUGGGUGUCCAGGGAGCGCUGAGACUGUGGUUUCAUGGCAUGGCGAUGUUUAUUGUCGCCACAGUUGGAAUGGCAGGAUUACUCUGGUUGAUCCAGGAGUAUCUCCUGCAGUUUGCCCUGAUCUAUGGCAUCAUUCAGGCGUUGGUGAUCUCUGUCAGUGUUCGACAGAGUGUGAUGCUAGGUGAUGAGGAAGAGAAUGACCAGACAGGAAAGGACACUGAUGACACGAGAGACACUAAGGAGCACAAAGACAAGCCUGUGUCUGUCACAGACAAGGUAAAGACCAAUUAAAG